CUGAUUAGAUCGCUGCUGUCACGUGAUCCGACAAUAGCGGAAGAAGAGGGCUCGACCGCAGAGAGACGGAUCACCCGCAGCCUUCAUGAUGCAGAGCACGGCCAACUACCUGUGGCUGAUCUCAGACCUGCUCGGUCAGGGAGCCACAGCCAAUGUUUACCGUGGACGACACAAAAAAACUGGCGACCUGUACGCCGUCAAGGUGUUCAACAACCUGAGUUUCCUGCGGCCGCUCGACGUCCAGAUGAGAGAGUUCGAGGUCCUGAAAAAACUCAACCACAAGAACAUUGUGAAGCUCUUCGCUGUGGAGGAAGAGUCCAACACCCGUCACAAGGUCCUGGUGAUGGAGUACUGUCCCUGCGGGAGUCUCUACACGGUCCUGGAGGAGUCAUCCAACGCGUACGGACUCCCUGAGGACGAGUUCCUCAUCGUUCUCCAUGAUGUUGUUGCAGGUAUGAAUCAUCUGAGAGAGUACGGCAUUGUUCACCGGGACAUCAAACCAGGAAACAUCAUGAGGGUGAUCGGAGAGGACGGACGCUCCGUCUACAAGCUGACCGACUUCGGAGCCGCCAGAGAGCUGGACGACGACGAGCAGUUUGUGUCUCUGUACGGCACUGAGGAGUACCUGCAUCCCGACAUGUACGAGCGAGCCGUGCUGAGAAAAGACCACCAGAAGAAGUACGGCGCCACGGUGGAUCUGUGGAGCAUCGGAGUCACGUUCUACCACGCCGCCACUGGCAGCCUCCCCUUCAGACCGUUCGAAGGGCCGCGCAGGAACAAAGAAGUCAUGUAUAAAAUCAUCACAGAGAAGCCACCUGGGACCAUCUCCGGGCAUCAGAAGUGUGAGAAUGGGAAGAUCGAGUGGAGCACAGAGAUGCCGGUGUCCUGCAGUCUGUCCAAGGGUCUUCAGACCCUCCUGACUCCAGUACUCGCCAACAUCCUAGAGGCCGAUCAGGAGAAAUGUUGGGGCUUCGACCAGUUCUUCGCCGAGACCAACGACAUCCUACACCGAAUGGUCGUUUACGUCUUCAGCCUGCAGCAGGCCACACUGCACCACAUCUACAUCCACGAAUACAACACGGCGUCACUGUUCCAGGAGCUCUUGAGCCGCAGGACCAUCAUCUCCGUGCACAACCAGGAGCUGCUUUACGAGGGCCGUCGCCUCGUCCUCGACGCCAACCGCCAGGCCAAGUCCUUCCCCAAGACCUCCAGAGAAAACCCCAUCAUGGUCGUCAGCCGCGAGUGCGUCGCCACUGUGGGACUCAUCUUUGAAGAUCCCAGUCCUCCUAAAGUUCAGCCUCGGUACGACCUCGACCUGGACGCCAGCUACGCAAAGACUUUUGCAGGAGACAUCGGACAUCUGUGGAAAACUUCAGAGUCUCUGCUGCUGUAUCAGGAGCUGGUGCGAAAAGGAGUUCGAGGAUUAAUUGAGCUGAUGAAGGAGGACUACAGCGAGAUUAUGCGCAAGAAGUCGGAGGUUUUUCAUCUGUGUAAAUUCUGCACACAGAUGUUGGAGAAGACCGAGCAGCUGUUCGAGGUGCUGCUGCAGGCCAGCGUGCUGUCGUCGGAAUACGACGAGAUCUCAGACAUGCACAAGAAAGUUCUCAGAAUCUCUGGCUCCCUGGACCCCAUUGAACGCACCACACAAGACAUCAAGAGCAAAUUUAUUCCCGGAGGCCUGCUGACCGACACUUGGACGCAACAAGUCGGGACACACCACGAGGACAGGAAUGUGGAGAAGAUCAAAGUGCUGCUGGAUGCGAUCACUGCCAUCUAUCAGCAGUUCAAGAAGGACAAAGCGGAGAGACGUCUGCCGUACAACGAGGAGCAGAUCCACAAGUUUGACAAACAGAAGUUGGUCCUUCACGCGAGUAAGGCCAGGACUCUGUUCACAGACGAGUGUGCCAUGAAGUACCGCCUCUUCAUCUCUAAGUGCGAGGAUUGGAUGAGGAAAGUUCAUCAUGUGAGGAAGCAGCUGCUGAAUCUGUCCGGCCAGCUGAUCAGCAUCGAGAAGGAGGUGACCAUGCUGAUGGAGAGAACCUUGAAGCUGCAGGAACUGCUACCUCAGAAAGUUCAUCCUCUGGUGUCCAGCGGGCUGAAGCCUCAGACGGCGUACCUGAGCCAGAACACUCUGGUGGAGAUGACCCUGGGGAUGAAGAAGCUGAAGGAGGAGAUGGAGGGGGUGGUCAAAGAGCUGGCAGAAAACAACCACUUCUUAGAGAGGUUUGGGACUCUAACGCUGGACGGCGGCCUGAGAGGUUGAAUGAGGUCGAGUCUGUUUGUACAUACUCUGUGUUUACCGUGUAAAUAACGUCAGACUGUUGAAGAUGAAGCUUUUUGUAUGAAUCCCAGGAAACUCUCGCUCAGCCGCUUCAGACACUCGGAGAGGUUUUCAGCCGGAGAUCGGUGAAGGAAUGCUGAGCGGCUUCGUCCAGAUCGCACCUGAAACACCUCUGAGUAGAGUUAGCCCGACGCGGCCGCUAACGGGGAGUUUAGGGUGGGUUUGGGUCACGUUUGGGCUCAAAUGUUUUCUGCUGCAGGUUCGAAUUUAUUGAAAACAACCAGUGUGUUAAAGAUCAGCCCGAGCAUGUUUAAGUUGCUCUCUAGUUUUUCCACAUCAAGUGCAAAUUCAGAUUUAAAUCCAGCAUUCUGGUGUGUUUGGCUUCUUUAGUAGAAUAUGAAAACAGUUUUAAUGGAUUAAAAAUAAAUUAUGCAUUAACUACAGUGACUGAAGAUUAUUUACUGAACCUGCUUUUCAGAUAAAUCUGAUUUUACUCUGUAAAAGCUCUGAAACAUGAAGAGUUUAAGAUGCUUUAGGCUAUAAUUCAUAUCAUUUUUAUUCAGAACAUUUUUACGUUUUCUCAUUAACUGUAACUGCAGCCGAAAUAUGUGAGAUUCUAAACAAAGUCACAGCCUUAUAUGUUAGUUUUUUUAAUAUGUUCAGUUUUUCAGAUUAAAAGACAAAUUAAAGGUGUUUUGGGGGUAAAUCAGGAACAUUUUUUACAGAGUAUAUUAAGGGUUUUUUUUUUUUUUUUUGGCUGGAUUAAGGAACAUUUAAGGGUUUAAAAUCUAUGAAAAUGUAAGAAACAGCAUAAAGUUUGCAAUGGAAACAGUUUUUAGAGUCUAAUGGAUGGAUUUUAAUUUAAAUUUGAGGGUUUUUCUUUCAAAGUCAUCUUGUUACAGUAUGCUCGUCUCCCUGUAAGUGGCAUUAAAGUACUGUGAUUACUGGACAAACCUGUGUCCUCUCAUAGAAUAUUACUGAUGAUCUCUGCUCCUGUUUGUUGGUCUUUGUCACUCUGUAACCUGCAGGAAGCCUCCAUCCUUCAGCUGCUCAGCGCCUUUUACUCCUUUUUUUGUUUUCUGUGUAGUCAGUAAUUAAAAUGCACAGUGACUGUUUAAUUGACCUGUAAAUAUGCCAAUCAAUCAAUAAACCAAUCAGGCAUGAAGCUG